AUGCGGUUAACAGGGUGGCUCUGUGGGGCUUACAAGGGUCUGGAAAAUCGGAUUUAUCGCAAGUUGCAGAGUUUUAAAACGUGUCUCGUCAUCAUCGACGAUGUCAAGUCCAUCGAUUUGGAUGUUUUGGGUAUUCCAUGGAGAAACAAUGGGAAUGGGGUGAGAGUGAAGAUUCUCAUUACUGCAAGGGACCGAGCUGUGUGUCGGAGGCUUGCCGUUGACCACGUGGUGAAGCUUGACUUCCUAAGCUGUGAUGAUGCUUGGAAGUAUUUUUCCAAACUAGUUGGAGAAACGGCUACUACCGAACCCAUGGCGAAGCAACUUUGUAUGCAACUUGGAGGUUAUCAAUUUGCCAUCAAGGCCAUGGGACGAAUUAUCGGCCACUGGAAGUACGGUUUGAAGGAUAUGAAAUUUCCAGACCGUUUGUCUGGAAAUUAUUGUCUUCUGAAUUUUUUCCUUAAUAUUUUGAAUUAUUGUUCCUCUACGGUCAUGGUUUUGAGUUAG